UGCACAUGUUUACAUCGAGGUAGCCUGCAAGAUAUACAAUUUAUAUAAUGAUAAUACGGAAUGUGGGCGCUAAUUUCGACGCUUUGUUAAACACAGUGCGAUUGCACGUACAACGCGUGCAGCCCCAAAAAUGGGUGACCAUAGGGCUGGUUAGCUUACUAUGUCUGCAGCACAUCUACUACAACUCCUUAGAACCCCCUGUGCCUAUAAUAAACACAUUCACGAUAACACAACGCCCCUUAAUAACCAGUGAUUGUAAACGCACACAAACGUACGUGCCUAGUGCAUGGGAACAAUGGUGGGUAGAUCACAUGUCCGAAGUCCAAAGUGACGAUUGGAUCGAAGCAUGUGAUCAAAUGCGUGCCAAAAAAGACUAUGCAUACACAGCUGUUGACUUUGCGCAGAGCACACUACAGGAAAGUACACUUGAGGAAGCAGGAAAGUGGUCUAAAGAUGUACAGAGCUACUUCAGAGUGACAUACAAAUGUCCCGGAAAACCAGAUGUAGAGGAAGAACACCCUAUCGAGCCACUUGUUUCUUUCCUCAGGAAUCCAGUGCACUGGUGCAUACAAGAGGAUUGGGAUCUACGGCUCGAUAAGAACUAUUUGGUGCUAGACUAUGCACCUACGGUGCAAAGAGGAGGUCGAAAUUUUCUAUUUGACGCUGGAGCUUCAUCGUAA